AAACCAACUGUUAUCAUGAACCGAGAUAAAGAACGUUGGAUGUAGAAUUAAUUACAUAUCCAGUUUUAAAAUGUCCAUAGGAGUACGUUGAGGAGCUACGCACUUGCUUCGAUCUGACUUUGCCGGGCCUGUUUGAUUUGGACUGUUUUUGAUGUUUUGUUAAUUUACAUUUUACUUUUGCCAUCUGGGAAAAUGCUCACUCACUUUCUAGUGUUUAGUCUACUCGGUUUGCUUUGUUUCGUGAGCGCUGUUCCGUACCGCACCCGAACGAUCCACAUUGGUCCGCAAGAUGAAGUGGAAGAUCCGAUGUACCUGUACCGCAGCAUGGUGGCCUCGGUUGCCGAAUACAAAGCCGCCAAGGCAUUCGAGGAAUCCCGAGCUAAACUGGGCGUGCGGUCAACUACGCGCGAUGAUCAUGUCUGCUACGGCGAUUUAGGAUGUUUCUUCAAGAACGGUACCUACGGAAAUUUCUGGAUGUUACCAUAUUCACCGGAAUAUCUGGAAACGAAAUUCCUGCUGUACACGAGCGCUGGCCAGAAAGAUCCACAGCUGCUGCAGUACGAUAAACCGGAGACGUUGACUGGGUCGGCGUUUCGUGCUGAUUGGCCGACGACUGUCUUUAUGCAUGGCUUUGGCAAUGGACCGCACACGGCAUGGACACCAAGCUUUCAGGCUGCUAUUUUCCACUCGAUUCCGCAAGGAAAUUACAUUUUUGUCGAUUGGAGCAUCGGUGCUAGGCCGCCAAACUACUGGGCAGCGUCCGCCAACACCCAAGUUGUUGGAGCGCAAGUGGCCAAACUUAUUGCGGCUCUCAACACACAUACAGGAACAACAUCAGAUAAAUUCCAUAUCGUGGGAUAUUCACUGGGAGCCCAUGCUGCCGGUUUCACUGGACACCGACUUGUCCAAUACGGCCAUAAGCGGGCUGGUCGCAUCACCGGUCUGGACCCGGCUGGACCGAUUUUUGAAGAUGGGCAUGGUGAUGCAAUUUUAAGCAGUGGCGACGCCGAUUUUGUUGCCGGCUUGCACGCCAAUGGGGCCACGCUGACCAAUGGUGGAUUUGGAUUGUACAAACGCGUCGGAGACAUUGACUUUUAUCCCAACGGAGGACAAUAUCAACCUGGAUGUCCCCAUGCCAUCUGGGGAACGUUAGGCAAUUUGCUGACCUUUAAUUUUGGCGAUAUGCCGGAGUCAGUGAAAUGCAACCAUCAUCGUGCCAUCGAAUUAAUCAUGGAAGCCUUGGAUCCACACUGCAGUCAUCACAGUUAUGCGUGCGAAAACUGGGAGUCUUUUAAAGAAGGCCAGUGCGAUCCCGAACCAGACGGCAAUAUGGGCAUUUUCUUCACCCAUACCAAAUCCGAUCUACAGCACUUCCUGCUUACCAAGGACGCAGACGGAUUUUGUGCAAAUGCUGUAAAAAUCUCACUGGAAAUUGCCUCAACAUCAGAAGAUUCCGAAGGCAGUCUGACAGUAAUCUUCGUCCAUAACGAUGGUAGAGUGGAAACAGUAGAACAGCUAGCGAAGGACGAAGGAUUACCAGCCGGAAAGAUUGUGACGGAAGUAGUGCCCAGUCGUUUCCCUGUGGCCGAUAUUGCUCAAAUUAAAAUCGAAUACACACCCGAUUGUGGAUGGAUCUGGUGCAGCGCAGACCGGAUAAAUAUGGAGCGUAUUACUGUGGAAAAUUUAGCUGUUUCAGGAAACAAGAAGUGCGGAGGAUACGAAAUCUUGUACAAAGAAGAUGUGACGACAAUCUACCUUUCACCGUGCACAGCUUAACGCGACGUGGAAUGCAAUUAAGACCAGCAGCAACCUAACGAUAUGUCAAAACACCGGCCAUAGUGUAGAAACUGUUUAUAACACCGAGCUUAAAGCUUCAAACGUUAAAGAUUUUACGCACUGAUUUUGUAUCUAAAUUAAUUUUGACAAUGACAAUUUCCUAAAUGCUUGUACUGUGAAAGACUGAAGAAAACUGCUUUGCAGUGCGUAACUCAUGCGUUCGAUGCAAAACCACAAUGGUCCAUCGACAUGACAGUAAAUACCAGUCAAGAGUUGGUUUUUGUGAAGAUGAAUAACUUCGGAAUUUUGUGACAAGGGGUAACUGCAUCCGACGUUUCUCAUUUUUACCGCUUUCAGUCAGAAAAAGACUGAUGUACUUACCUCUGGUAUCACUACAUUUGCAUUU